UUCCCUUGCAGGUGUGAUGAGGUUGAGGAGCAGGCGCGGGCGGGGAGCAGCGCGGGGGCCGUGUAGGUGCUGAGGCUCGCACCGUCAGGAUGGACCACAGCGUGAAGGCCAUGACGCCGCACCGGAAGGUGGCCUUCUCCCGGCUCUGCCACCGCCACCGCUUUGAGAAUGACGAGCUCGAGAACCUUUACCGCCGCUACACUCUCAAGCUGCAGCAGGCGAGCGUGGCCGCGGCUGCCGCCCUCCUGCUUACUCUGUCGCUCCUGCUGGCGGCCCUGCACGUGACCUACGCCCAGGUCGCGGCGCCCGCGCCCAUCACCCUGCUGGCCCUGGCGGUGGUGCUGGCCGCGCUGCUUGUCGUGCUUCACUCCCGCGUCAUGAGGCACUCCUACCUGCUGCCCACCUGCUACCUUCUGUUGGCCCUGGGCGCCAUCCUGGUUGCCCUGGCCCUCCCUCUGCCCUCGGGCUGGGGCUGGGUGGGCUGGCAGUCCAUCCCGACGGCCGGCCAGGGGGUCUGGCACGCAACCUUCGUGGCGUUCCUCGUCUACGCCCUCACGCCCGUCUCCACGCCGCUGGCCCUCACCUACGGCGUCGUGCUGCCGGCCGGCCAGACCGCCCUGGCGGCCACGCUCGCCACCACCUUCACGCACUUCCACUGGCAACAGCUGGUGGCCAACAGCGUGGUGGCGGCGGCCGUGAACGUGGCGGGCGUGUGGCUGCACCAGAUGAUGGAGGCGGCGCAGCGCAAGGCGUUCCUGGACACGCGCAACUGCAUCGCCGCCAGACUGCACAUGGAGGAUGAAAAUGACAAACUGGAGCGGCUGCUUUUGUCGGUGUUGCCACAACAUGUGGCCAUGGAAAUGAAGGCUGACAUCAUCAAACCCGUGGAGAGGCAAUUCCACAAGAUCUACAUCCAGCGACACGAGAAUGUUAGCAUGGUGUUCGCGGAUAUCGUGGGCUUCACAGUUCUUGCGUCACAGUGCACGGCGCAGGAGCUCGUCAGACUUCUCAACGAGCUCUUCGGACGCUUCGACCAGCUGGCGGACGAUAACCACUGCCUGCGCAUUAAGAUCCUGGGCGACUGCUACUACUGCGUGUCGGGGCUGCCGGAGCCGCGCAGUGACCACGCUCGCUGCGCCGUGGAGAUGGGGCUCGACAUGAUCGACGCCAUUGCAUCUGUGGUGGAUGCAACAGAUGUACAGCUCAAUAUGAGAGUGGGGAUACACACAGGCCGUGUGUUGUGUGGUGUCCUCGGCCUGCGCAAGUGGCAGUAUGACGUGUGGUCCAAUGAUGUCACUCUUGCCAACAUGAUGGAAUCAACUGGUGAACCAGGUCGUGUGCAGAUAACACAGGCAACCUUAGACUGCUUGGGCAAUGAAUAUGAAGUUGAACCUUCAGAUGCACAGUCAAGAUCCCAAUAUUUACGUGACCGCAACAUCACCUCAUACUUUAUCAUCCCGCCAGCCCGCAGACGCAAGUCUAGCCUGUCAGACAAGUUCAAACGACCUUUCAAGAAGAGACUGUCGUCCCUCCCUCACACACCUUCCAAUAGAGUCAAUAAGUAUUUAGCCCAAGCAAUCGAUGCCAGGUCUGUGGACAGAGAAAAAUCUACACACGUAUCACUCAUAACGCUGUGCUUCAGGGAUCGUGAGAAAGAGAGAAAUUACCAUGAAGAAGUAGAUGUGGGCUUUGGAAACUCAUUGCUGUGUUCCCUGUUUUUACUGUUGUUCGUGGCAUCAGUGCAGGCACUGGUGUUACCACGCACUUUGCUCUUCCUCUUUUUGUUUCUGGCAGCCUUUGUUACAAUAUCUGUUAUGCUCAUUGUUCUUCUGGCAUCUAGGUUAAAAGUAACAACAUGGGAUCCAGCCAGGAGAUUUGUGCUACGUCUCAUUUUGACAAUUAUAGCUGUGACAGUGAUAUACAUAAUGGCCCAAGUUAAUUCGUUUACAUGUGAGUUACCACAUGUACCUUGCAAAGCCAAUGUGACUGACCUGACUCCUCUUCGUUCGGGCCCCCAAGAGUUUGUGCGCAAUUUGUGGUGUCCUUUGCCAGAGUACAUCCCUCUCUCUUGCAUUGUCGGUUUUAUGGCAGUGGCAGUGUUCUUGCGGCUACCGGUGUUAGUCAAAACACUACUCCUUGUGUCAAUGGCAACUGUGUACUCCCUCUUGAUCUUCAUCACCCAUCUUCGGCUCUUUGAAUGCUAUGACAUCCGAGUUGGGGCACUGGUUCCUACGGAGGUUUUGGGAGUCGUAUACAUUUUGCUCUUUUUACUUGCUGUUAUUGCUCAUGGCCGCCAAGUUGAGUGGACUGCGCGCCUUGAUUUUCUUUGGCAGUGUCAGGCAUCGGAAGAAAAGCAAGAUAUGGAUGCCCUACAAGAGAGCAACCGACGCAUCUUGUUUAAUUUACUGCCAGCUCAUGUUGCCACACAUUUCCUAGACAACCAAUUUAGAAAUAACAUGGAUCUUUAUCACCAGAGUUAUAGUCGCGUAGGAGUGCUGUUUGCAUCCAUUCCUAAUUUCCAUGAGUUCUACACUGAGCUUGCAGUGAACAACCAAGGCACAGAAUGUCUUCGUCUUUUGAAUGAAAUCAUAGCAGACUUUGAUGAGCUGCUGGAUGAUGAACGUUUUAAAGCAAUUGACAAGAUCAAAACUGUUGGAUCUACCUUCAUGGCAGCUGUGGGUCUCAUGCCUGACAUGAGAAUACUGGACAAGGAUGACUCUGCAAACUACUACAUGACGAUGCUUACUGAACUAGUCUUUGCCUUUAAAGACAAACUUGCAAGCAUCAAUGAAAAUUCUUAUAAUAGCUUUACAUUGAGAGUUGGUAUGAAUAUUGGACCAGUUGUGGCUGGUGUCAUUGGGGCAAGGAAGCCUCAAUAUGAUAUAUGGGGUAACACUGUUAAUGUUGCCAGUCGUAUGGAUUCCACAGGCCUUCCUAAUCAUACUCAGGUAACUGAAGAGGUUUACCAAGUUCUCCGCAAAGGACCUUACCAGUUUCAAUGCCGUGGAAAGGUUAAGGUCAAAGGAAAGGGAGAAAUGACAACAUACUUCUUAGUCGAUAGGAAAGAAGCCCCAACAAUUAAAGCUGAAGAUGGUUCUAGGCCACCAAAGGUACCACCUCAUCUCCAGAGUUAUGCCCCGGAACAUGGGUGUGGUUGGCCAGUGUGGGCAGCUUACUGUGUGGUGGGGCGGUGUGGUGGGACACUGCACCCCCCUCACUCAUCCCUGCGCUCGCACCACCGCCACUACCACACCCACAAUGGAGGUUUGUACGGAGGAGUAGCGACCCCUCUAGCCAUGGUACCCCCCCAGAUCCCUCCUCAUGGCCGCAGUCUAUCUCAGGGUCUAACGGGCCAGGGAGGACAAGGGCAAUCUGGGGGGACACCAAGAUCACGACGCAACCGUGAUUCCUUCUGUGACGACAACCUGGUUGUAAACAUGAACAUGAGCCAGUGUGUAAGCAAGAUGGGUGGUCGGCAGCCUUCUGGGGAAUGCCAGAGGUGUGAAGAAGAACCAUUGUUAGAUAAAGUUCCUCCAGCACCUCUCAGUGCUCACGUGUUGCCUCCAAGAUUUUCAGUAGCACAAAUGCGGGCGUGUAACAAAUCACAGACACCAACUAGGGCUGCCAUGCAACAAAUGAAGCCACAAAAUCAAAUUCCAACACCCAAGACAUACUCUCAGUCCCGUCCCCGCACAUAUAGACCAGAUGAAUAUAACCUUCCUCAGAAUUCAUAUGUCCCAACGUGGGCUCGCUCACAGAGUGGUGGACGACCCAGUGCCAGCGGGGGAAAGAAGUCAUCAGGACGUAGUCGGACAUCACCCAGAAAGGAAAAUGAUGAUGGACAGAUGCGACCAUUAGAUUCAGGAAGAACUGCUCUUAGUGGAGGACUUGUUUUGCCUCCUAUGCCAAGACACCACCAUGUAGAGGAAGCAGGAGUGCGCCACAAGUUACGAUCAUUUACUCGACACUACAGUGAUGAUAGCUUACAUGGCUCUUCACACAGAGAUCUGCAGUCAACUAGAAUUCAUUCUUCAGCUGAUGAAAUUAGCUCCCUCAAUCGAUCUCCAAGUCUUAGUUCCUCUGAUGAGAGUUUCUCAAGGACAGAUUUCUCACGCACCGAUGCUGAUUCACCUUCUCCUCAACAUGCCCCAUCUCUCAGUGAUGAACGUUUCAAGUACAUGUUUGGGGGCAUGAAUCUAGAGGGAGCAAUGGCACCAGGGUUUAGAGAACUCUCUCCACAAAUUUAUUCUGAUUAUUUAUCUAGUGUGAAAGCAUCCAGUGAUGAGAGCUCUUUACGGUUAAAUAGUCUGUCACGUGACUCGACAACCUAUUCUUAUCCCAAUGUGCCAGGACUUUGGAGAGAAACGGAUAUAGCCAGUCCUACCCAUGAUGAGAGGAUGCGAAGAGAUGACCUAGUGAUACCUAAAUUAACUGCUGAAUUUUCGAGUGACAAGAUGAAACGUAGUAAACAUGGUGAUAAAGCUGAUGUGGAGGUUCCGUCCCAUGUUGAUAAUUGUGUGAGUCACAGCGCCUCACCAUCCAGUGAGAAAGUUAGGCCAGGGUGUAGACUGAGCUAUGUAGACUGUGAUUUAAACUCUCCAUCAAGAACUAGUGCCUCUGGCAGCACAAGUCGUAUGAGAAGUUUAGAGAAGAGUCCAAGAGAAAGCACAGCCAUGACCCCCGACAGUGUUAUUAUGGUGCCAAAGAAGCGAUCUCUUUCGAGAGAAGAAGGCAUGAAAAUAGGAAACCAUGUCAGUACAGAACACGACAUAUUCAGAAAACGUAGUACAGAGCGACCAAAACGAGAUGGAGAAUGCCAGACAGACCCGAGAACACAUCAUCAUAAGAACAGUGCCACAGGAGUUAAAUCAGGAGACAGAAACAAGCCAGAGAGGAAAAUUGAAAAGUCUGCAACAUUUGAAGGAAUACCAGAAGAUCCAAAAUCUACACACCGUGACGGCAGUGAAGGAAGAGUCACAGCUGGAUGUGGACACAGUGAGUAUGAGAACAUGGAAUCAGAUGUUCCCGAUCUCUCAACCGAUGAUGAAGGGUUGAAUAACAUCAGAGUUGAAGGCCAAGAGAUGAAUACGAGAGCCACAGUUUGGGACGAGGGCCAUCCAAGGGAGCUGAACAUCCAACAGAUGACGAGGAUGAUAUAAGAUCAUUUGAAGAGGAAGAGAGAAGGAUGGCUCAAGAACUUCAAGCUGCAGAAAUGGCAGAAGCUACCAAGUCUUCAGUAACACAAAGUGGUGGUAUUGGUGAUGGCGGUGAGACCAGUCAGUCCGAGUGGAGUGAGGAUGACGAUGGUGCUGCAUCUGAACCGCUGUUAGAUCAAGAGAGUACAGGCUAUACCACAGAUGACCCAGCAUUAGAGCAAGUCUCCAUGAUGAAUGAUGCUGGCCUAACAGAUGCUGAGGGUGCCUUGAGUGAUGUGAACUCCAUUUAUAAUGAUCCACACCAAUAUGAUGGAGAUAUGGAUGACACAAGCAUGUCCUCACGAGCAUCAUCAAGAAUAUUUGAUUCAGAUGCAAUUAUAUCCUUCGACCAGAUUAAUGCCUACUACGAGUCUGAGUAUGACAACUAUCGUCCAAGUGGUAUUACCUCAGAUGGUUUUGAUACAGAGCCACUCUCUGAUGUAGAUUUAGAUGGAAUAGAUGGAAUAAAUCUCCAGAACAUAAGAUCAAUGUCAGAGAGCAUUACAAGAAAUUUUGGACAGCCCCGAAGUGAAACUGAUGUUGAUAGUGAUGUAUGAUAUUGGGUGAAAUCCUUAAUGGAAGACUAUUGUAUUGAAACUACUGUAUAAAAGCUUGCACAAAAAUGCCAUGAUUCAGUUAACCAAGAAGGAACUGAUACAUUUGUAUCAUUACAGACUAUAAUAUGUCAUAAGACUAUGUGUGACAAUAGAAAAUUUCAUAGGUUGACUAGCAUUGGUUGAAUGUCAACAUUAAAGGGUGGAUAUCUAUUUGGACAGAUAGGAAGAUUAAGAAUGACAUGCACAAGCACAAGAAAAGUUUUUCUAAAAAAUAAAAAUAAAAAAAGACUUGUGAUAGUGCUAUCCUCUUCUUUUUUCCCCCUAAGAGAAAUAUAAAAGAAAAACAUUGGCAUAACUUGCACAAUUCUCAUGACACUCCAAAGCAGGUGAAGGAAUUGGGCAGAGCAGUUUUGUAUCAAGUGUUAUUCAUAGAUUUGAUGCUGAUAGUGACUGGUUAGGGAUAUGACGAUCUAGAAAAGUGUUAUCCAAGUGUGUCAGCCAGAGACUGAGGUUGUUAGAGUGUAUGUUAAUUUGUGAAAACAUAUGUGUUUUAGAUGCCUGUAAGCUUCAGUUUUAUAGAGGGAUGAUGAAUAAAUUUGUUUCAAGAUGUCAUGUCCUAAUACUGGCAAUACAAUAGAGGGCAAUCAAAUAGGACUAGCAGUAUCGCAGUAUGAUUAACUUUCUAUUUUUUACAUAAAUUUGGCUGUGUCUGUAUAUAUACCAUUUUUUUUUUUAUUGUGAUUCCUGACACUGCUGUUUUCUGAAUAUUACAUUAUUCAUGUAUUUACCUUUUGUUCCAAUAUAAUUUCUAGACUAUAAGUAAAAUUUGGUUAAACAUACUAAAACCAUAAACAUUAAAUUAUUUGAAGUAUACCUAGAAAAUGUAAAUGGUAGUCUUGAUGAAUAUGGCUUUUAAAUCAAGGUAUUUGUAAGGAAAUAUAUAUAUUGAUAAUUAUCCAAAUGCAUAUGAUAGAAAUUCAGAGAAAUGUAAUAAAUAAAUCAGGAUAAAAGCUCUAAACUCAGGAUCUUAUAGAAUGCUCAGUACUUUCUUGAUAAAACCAAAAAAUUUAAAGGCUUUUAUUACCACAGAUGUCAUUUGCUAUAGCAGAUAGUUCUAUUGGAAAUGCCCAUUGUAUGUUUUCAUUUGCCAACACAUGAGCUGAAGGCUCUGUGUAGAAUAAUGAUUCUAAAUUAUCCUCUUGUCAUUGAUUUAUAACAGAAAAUGAAUUUGUAUAUUUUCAUCCAAGAAAUUGUCUGACAUUCCUUUUUUCAUUGCUCCUUGUUUUACUUCUUAUUUCUUAAAAGUCUUUUCCUCUUUCAUCUUGCAGGUUUGGAUACUUCAGUGCUUGAAAGUCUGUUUCCCAUGAAAAAAAAAGGCUGUAGAUUCGAAUCAAAUGAAGGGUGGAUAAAUACAUUUUCAAUACAAAUCUGCCAUCAGUCUCUUCUACUGCAACAAAAGCAAACCAGUAUUAUUCCAGUGAAACAGCUGAUAUGAGCAACAGAUGGGAAUUCUGACAUUCCAGUUGAUUGAACAGAGACCUUCAGAAGAGGCACUACAACUGGGUAAUUGUUAUUGAUGUAAUCAGCUUCACUGACCCCAACAAACUGACCUGUGCUAUUUAUCAUUUCUACUUUCAAUACCUCCUCAUACCAUUAUCUAAAAAAUACCAAGCAGUACGCACUUUAAAUAUUAAUGGCCCUUAUACAUAUCUUUCUUCCACAGGGUGUAUAUACAAUGAAGGACUGGACAACACUGAAAUAACAAUUUUGGUAAAAAAGCUGAACAUGAUCUGAAAUAUACAAAUAACAUUAAGUAGGACACAACAGUUUAAGCUUCUCCUGUUUUAUACAGAUAACCCAAUGCACUAAUAUUUCUUAAUUCUGCUUCAAGCUCUCACCUCUUAUUAUUCAUCAUUAUUAACCUGUUAUGAGAUGAACUAUACCCAGCCAAGGUAUUAUAUUCUUUAAAUGCUUAAUACAAAAGCAGAGAUGAAUACUGUGAAUAUAUGACAAAGGGUUGAUUAUUUUUCAGCAUGUGCAUUACUUUAAUUAACAGUUUUUUUAAAUCAAUCUCCCCAUUGGGCAGAAGUUACAGUAUAAAAGUCUGGUUACUCAAAAAAUGUCUUGUGAAAACAAUAUUCUCAAGGGGUGGGGGGGGUACAAAACUCCUAUAAAUUAUGUGCAAAAAACAAGGAUAA